GGGCGGCGAGGGGGCGUGUCACGUGACGGGGUUUAAAUCUCCCGCAGCCGGAGCCGCGGGGGCGCCAGUGCCGCGCGUCGAGCGGGAGCAGAGGAGGCGAGGGAGGAGGGCCAGAGAGGCAGUUGGAAGAUGGCGGACGAGGCGGCGCUCGCUCUUCAGCCCGGCGGCUCCCCCUCUGCGGUGGCGGCCGAGAAGGAGGCCGCAUCGCCGCCCGCAGAGGAGCCGCUCCGUAAGAGGCCGCGGAGAGAUGGUCUCGGCUUCGAACGGAGCCCGGGAGAGCCCGGUGGGGCGGCCCCCGAGCGUGAGGUGCCAGCGGCUGCCGGGGGCUGCCCGGCGGCGGCGGCUGUGGCGGUGUUGUGGCGGGAGGCGGAGGGAGCAGGCGGGGAGCGAGAGGCCCAGGCGACGGCGGCGGCCAGAGAAGGAGACAAUGGGCCGGGCCCGCAGGGCCUAUCCCGAGAGCCGCUGCCGGCCGACGACUUCUACGAUGACGACGACGACGAGGGAGAGGAGGAGGAAGAGGCGGCUGCGCCGAUUGGGUACCGAGAUAACCUUCUGUUUGGUGAUGAAAUUAUCACUAAUGGCUUUCAUUCCUGUGAAAGUGAUGAGGAUGAUAGAGCCUCACAUGCAAGUUCUAGUGAUUGGACGCCAAGGCCACGGAUAGGUCCAUAUACUUUUGUUCAGCAGCAUCUCAUGAUUGGUACUGAUCCUCGAACGAUUCUUAAAGAUUUACUACCAGAAACUAUUCCUCCACCUGAAUUGGAUGAUAUGACACUAUGGCAGAUUGUUAUUAAUAUCCUAUCAGAACCACCAAAAAGGAAGAAAAGAAAAGAUAUUAAUACAAUUGAGGAUGCUGUGAAAUUACUGCAGGAGUGCAAAAAAAUUAUAGUUCUAACUGGAGCUGGGGUAUCUGUUUCAUGUGGAAUACCUGACUUCAGAUCAAGAGAUGGUAUUUAUGCUCGCCUAGCAGUUGACUUCCCAGAUCUUCCAGAUCCUCAAGCUAUGUUCGAUAUUGAGUAUUUCAGAAAAGAUCCAAGACCAUUCUUCAAGUUUGCAAAGGAAAUAUAUCCUGGACAAUUUCAACCAUCUCUCUGUCACAAAUUCAUAGCCCUGUCAGAUAAGGAAGGAAAACUACUUCGCAACUAUACUCAGAACAUAGACACGCUGGAACAGGUUGCAGGAAUCCAAAGGAUAAUUCAGUGUCAUGGUUCCUUUGCAACAGCAUCUUGCCUGAUUUGUAAAUACAAAGUUGACUGUGAAGCUGUACGAGGAGAUAUUUUUAAUCAGAUAGUUCCUAGAUGUCCUAGGUGCCCAGCUGAUGAGCGUCUUGCUAUCAUGAAACCAGAGAUUGUCUUUUUUGGUGAAAAUUUGCCAGAACAGUUUCAUAGAGCCAUGAAAUAUGACAAAGAUGAAGUUGAUCUCCUUAUUGUUAUUGGAUCUUCCCUGAAAGUGAGACCAGUAGCACUAAUUCCAAGUUCCAUACCCCAUGAAGUGCCUCAGAUAUUAAUUAACAGAGAGCCUUUGCCUCAUCUGCAUUUUGAUGUAGAACUUCUUGGAGACUGUGAUGUCAUAAUUAAUGAAUUGUGUCACAGAUUAGGUGGUGAAUAUGCCAAACUCUGCUGUAACCCUGUAAAGCUUUCAGAAAUUACUGAAAAACCUCCACGAACACAAAAAGAGUUGGCUCAUCUGUCAGAGCUGCCACCUACACCUCUUCAUAUUUCAGAAGACUCAAGUUCACCAGAUAGAACUUCACCAGAUUCUUCAGUGAUUGUUUCAAGUUUAGACCAAGCAACUAAGAGUAGUAUUGAUGAUUUAGAUGUGCCCCAAACAAAAGGAUGUAUGGAAGAAAAAUCACAGGAAGUACAGACUUCUAGGAAUGUCGAAAGUUUUACUGAACAGUUGGAAAAUUCCGAUUUGAAGAACAUUGGUUCAAAUACUGGGGAGAAAAAUGAAAGAACUUCAGUUGCUGAAACAGUAAGAAAAUGCUGGCCCAAUAGACUUGCAAAAGAACAGAUCAGUAAACGGCUUGAUGGUAAUCAGUAUCUGUUUCUGCCACCAAAUCGUUACAUUUUCCAUGGCGCUGAGGUAUAUUCAGACUCUGAAGAUGACGUCUUAUCCUCUAGUUCUUGUGGCAGUAACAGUGAUAGUGGAACAUGCCAGAGUCCAAGUUUAGAAGAAGCCAUUGAGGAUGAAAGUGAAAUUGAAGAGUUCUACAAUGGCUUAGAAGAUGAGCCUGGUGUUCCAGAGAGAGCUGGAGGAAUUGGAUUUGGGGCUAAUGUAGCUGAUCCAGAGGCAGUUAAUGAAGCUACAUCUGUGAAACCAGAAGUAACAGACAUGAACUAUCCAUUAAACAAAUCAUAGUGUAAUAAUUGUCCAGGUACAGGAAUUGUUCUACCAGCAUUAGAAACUUUAGCAUGUCAAAAUGAAUGUUUACUUGUGAACUCAAUAGAGCAAGGAAACCAGAAAGGUGUAAUAUUUAUAGACUGGUAAAAUAGAUUGUUUUUCAUGGAUAAUUUUUAACUUCAUUAUUUCUGUACUUGUACAAACUGAACACUAACUUUUUUUUUUUAAAGAAAGGUACUAAGUAUCUUUAAUCAACUAUUGGUCAAGACUUUAACUUUCUUUUAAAGGUUUAAUUGUAUGAUACAUUCAUAUGUAUAUAUAUUUUUUGGUUUUGCCUAGUGAGUUUCAACAUUUUAAAGUUUUCAAAAAGCCAUUGGAAUGUUAAAUUAAUGUAAAGGGAACAGCUUAUCUAGACCAAAGAGUGGUAUUUUCACUUUUCUUUGUAACACGUUGAAUGGUUUGAAGUCUUCAAAAUCUCUGUUCUGCUAACCUGUUGAUUCUUUAGCACAAUUACUUAUUUUUAAACACUGGCAUUUUUCCAAAACUUGUGGCAGCUAACUUUUUUAAAAUCUCAAAUGACAUGCAAUGUGAGCGGAAGGAAGUCACCAAUAUGUAGGAAAGCACUUAGUUGUCUUUACUUUCUAAAGUGAGACUUGGUGCUAAGAGUUUCAGGAUUAUUGUAUUUAUUGUUAAAAUGAAGAUGGCUUUUGUACUUCCUGCAGACAUGUAGUAAUGUCUACAUUGGCUCAGAAACUAACCUGAAGAACAAAUAAAGGCUUUGAAAAUCUUUCAGUUGCUUUAGAAACAAUAGUGCCUGCUUGGAUCCCCUUAGUUUUGAAAUAUUUGCUAUUGCUGUUUAAAUACCUAUCACUGUGGUGAAGCCUGCAUCGAUCUUUUCCACAAGUAUUAAACUGCCAAGAUGUGAAUAUGCAAAGCCUUUCUGAAUCUGUAAUAAUGGUACUUCUACUGGGGAGAGUGUAAUAUUUUGGAAUGCUGUUUUUCCAAUGAGGAGAGCAGCAGACCCCAAUUACAGUUCCAAAGUAAUAAGAUAUUAAUUAUAACUCAGCCAGAAAGUACAUGUGUUCUAUUGGGAGGAUUUGGUGUAAUAAAUUUUCUUAACUGCUAGCCUAGUAUUAUGGAGAUGAACAUGGUGUAAUUUGUAAUAGCAGAAUAGUUAAUGAAUGAAACUAGUUCUUACAACUUUAUUUAAAAGCUUAGCCUGCCUUAAAACUAUAGACAUCAACCCUUUCAACUACGAAAGCUGCUUCUAGCCUUUCAAAAAAAAUUCAUACUUUAAAAGUUUAUACUUUAUAAAAUUGCACAGUAAGCAUUUAAUUUCCAGACCUUUUUGAACAUUAUUUCCAAAUUACAAAGUAUUCCUAUCUUGCUUUAGUAUUUAUUACAGCUGUUCUUAAAGCAUAAAAUACCUAGCUAGGACCAUUACUGCCAAACAAGAAAAAAAAUCACUGAAUGGCCAUCUUCCUACCUAAAAGGUAUCUCAAUCUGAAUUUAUUUGGCUAUACUAAAGAAUGCAGUAUAUACUUAGUUUUCCAUUUGCAUGAUGUGCUUGUGCUAUAGAUGAUAUUUUAAAUUGAAAAAUUUGUUUUAAAUUAUUUUUACAGUGAAGACUGUUUUCAGCUUUUUAUAUUGUAUAUAGUCUUUUAUGUAAUCUACUGGCAUAUGUUUUGUAGACUGUUUAAUGACUGGAUCCUCCUCCAACUUUUGAAAUACAAAACCAGUGUUUUAUACUUGUACACUGUUUUAAAGUCUAUUAAAACUGUCAUUUGACUUUUUUCUGUUAACUUAA